UGGGUUGAGCCUUGGGGCCACCACAGGGAAGUCAGGGUCCUUUCUCGGGGCGGUCGCGCAGGCAGCGGCUGCGAGUAGCCGGACGCAAAGCAUCAUGUACUACAAGUUUAGUGGCUUCACGCAGAAGUUGGUGGGAGCAUGGGCUUCCGAAGCGUAUAGCCCGCAGGGAUUAAAGCCUGUGGUUUCCACAGAAGCACCGCCUAUCAUAUUUGCCACACCAACUAAACUGACUUCCGAUUAUACUGUAUAUGAUUAUGCUGGGAAAAACAAAGUUCCAGAACUGCAGAAGUUUUUCCAGAAAUUGGACGGUGUGCCCAUCCACCUGAAACGAGGCCUGCCUGACCAAACGCUCUACCGGACCACCGUGGCGCUGACAGUGGGGGGGACCAUCUACUGCCUGAUCGCCCUCUACCUGGCUUCACGGCCCAGAAACAAAUGAGUUAGGUUGCAAAGGACUGGUUUGCUUUUUGGCAUAAACGCUUUGAAUUUGUAUUGUUUCUGUAAAUAAUGACCUUAACAUUUCUGCAAGAAAAAAAACCAGAAUGGUAAUAAGACAGUAUAUUGGUUUGUUUAUGAAAUGCACAUGGCCUGUCAGUGCUCAUACAACAGUUAAAAGUGUUGCUCAAAGAAACGCUGCUGCUCUUUGCGUCUGGGCCCUUGGCUUCCCUGGAGGCUUGGGGCGAAGGCUGCAGACAGGCUCAUUAACGGCAGUCUGGGCUGAGGUCCGCACGGCGUAUCCCGGUGGCCUUUUGGAGCACGGGGUGCGGAAGCCCCUGAUUUGGAUGUGUCUGAGGAAGGAAGACAAAAGAAAGCCAGGGCCAGGUGCGUCAAAUAUAAGGGGUUUGAAUUCGUAGCUACCUUGGGGAUUUUCCAUCUUGCAGUAAAAUGUUAAUAGAAAUUAUUUGCAGCAUGCCUCUGUUCAUCGGGCAGUUCAUUUCAAAGGGUUAUUUGCCUCAUCUCAGAUCUUUAAUAUAUUUUAUGUGUAAUUAUUAUGUAUUUAUUCCACCAUGGGAACAGAACACUUGUUUAGUGUUGCAUUUUAGACCAAUGUCUGUUUUAUUAAUGAAGCUGUGACGCAGUCUCUUUUACCUUUUAAAAAUGUUAUGACUUUUAAAUCAUGAUUUAUUUUGAUUGUGGAAUAAAUACAUGAAUGAAAAA